GGCUUCGAAAGGAGGCCCAACAAAUUCACAGAGAAGACUACUCUGGCUCUGUAUUGACGUAUAUACAUUGAUAGGGAGCCUGUAUAGAAUCUACAUAGGAGUUUGACGGGAAAACGAGAAUCAUCUAGUCUCGGCAAUGCAGGUAUCAUUUUGCCCGACAUGGAGCUCGAACCUCAACCUUGGGAUUUUAUAGAGAGCCUCAUGAGCUAUCCCAGCAUGCAGAAGAGAUUAAAAAAAAAAAUGUGUGCGAAAGGAUCUUGCUAGGAAAAUGUUUGCUCGCACGUGCCAAGAAAGUUUGUUCAGCCUUGAGCCAUAAGAUGGUCGACGCUGAAUUCUUCCUGCUUUUCCUUGCGGAGCAUGACUUAAAUUUCUGUGCAUGCGCAAAGCGUAAGGCGAGGGAAUCAUCUCCAGGGAAGCCACUGUUCUUCUGGCCAAAUAAAAGACGCCUCGUGCCUAGAGUGGUCAAUUGCAGAGGAUCCCCAACGUCUCCCUCCACGGUUGGAGACAGUAUGCUUCUGAAUACGAGCUGCUGGGGGGUCACAACUGGGGAGAGUUACUGCUGUUGUACCCAUGCCCUGCUUUUGGACUUCCCAUUGGGGGCACCUGGCUGGCCACCUUAUGUUCUGAUGGAACCUCCAGCUCCAGAGGCAGUCUACCUCGAUUCCUAGGUUCUUUGGCCACUGAGAAAAGGAUGGUGGUCUAGAUGUGCCUGAUCCAGCAGCCAGCUUCUUCUGAUGCUUCCUGCGGAAGCCGCGCUUUGGUUUUGGAAGUCGAACGGACUUCCGGAACGGAUUCCGUUUGACUUCCGAGCUCCGACUGUAAAUGUUCCUUUUAUUGUCUCCUGACCCAGCUUUGGAGAAAAACUGCUUUUAAAUAGUUCUGCCGCAAGCUGCUGUUUUCUGCAUGUUUUCUGACCCAGUUCAUCCGACGUCCUUUUCUCGCACAGGUCUCUGGUUAUUCCUCCCCAGUGCUUCGGGGAGCUGGAUUAUCGGGGGCAAGGAAGUUGUGCCCCAUUCCCGGCCCUUCAUGGCCUCCAUCCAAGUGAAUGGGGCACACGUCUGCGGUGGGUUCUUGGUGCGCCGAAAAUGGGUCAUGACAGCGGCUCACUGCCUGAUGCCCAGGCGAUCACCAUCUGUCCGCAUCGUGCUUGGCGCCCACUCCCUCGCGGCCCCCGAGGCCUCACAGCAGAUCUUCGGGGUGCAGGAAUCCAUCGCUCACCCACUUUACAACUCUGGGACGGUGAAGAACGACAUCCGCUUGCUCAAACUGAACGGCUCGGCCAUCUUCAACCAGGCUGUUCAACGUGUCAGGAUCCCGCGAACCAACACCGACCUCUGCCCGGGAGUCAUGUGUCAUGUGACGGGCUGGGGGGACACCUCCAAUUUUGGGACGAUCCCCACCAUACUGAUGGAGGCCAACACAACCAUUGUCGACCGGAAAGCAUGCAACGUGUCGUGGGCUGGCCAGAUCCACCGCUGCAUGAUCUGCGCCGCCAACACCGACCCCAGCCUCCGGGGAUUCUGCUCGGGCGACUCAGGUGGACCCCUGCUUUGCGGUUCCAGAGUCCAUGGGAUCGUCUCUUUCAACGGACGUCGCUGUGGUGACCGGCGGUUCCCAGAUGUCUACACCCGCAUCUCCAGAUAUAUAGCCUGGAUCCGUUACGUGCUCCAGACGUUUUGAAUUGGAGCAGGUUGUGUGUGUGUGUGUGUCUUUGGGGAAGGCCGUGUUGGGGGGGGGGUCUGUCCUCCCAUCAGGAAGGAAGCGAUGGAGUUGAAUAACAAUGGCUUUUUUAAUUAAAAAAACACCUCUGUUUUACAAAACCAAUGAGUGUCAUCUCCAAUGCUGGAUUUACGUAUAAGCUAAAAAAGCUAUAGCUUAGGGCCCCGCUCUCUUGGGGGCCCCAAAAAAAUGAAAAGGAGAAAAAACUGGAUGUACAUUUCCAAAAUAUAAGAUAAGAAACAAA